CGUUUCGACAUCCAUCAUGCACCGCGAGCAUACCUCGACUGAUUGGUUUGAUUUGAUCCGUUGGUUUUUCAAUUACCUAAAACCCAUGGAUUGCAUUGGCAUACCGCUACUCAAAUUGGCAGCCAAGAGGCACCGGGAAGAAUUCAUCUCGUCCUCAUAAUUUCAAGCUUUCCUCCACACAACCCCUCUCGCACCAUCACAUAGUCUACCUGAUUAUCCGGGUCAUCAUUAUCGCCGUCGCUGUUGCCGUCCAUCAUAAAAAGGUUGGUCAGCUUGAUGAAUCGUCAGCCUCAGCAAGCCCCGCAGAAAUGCCAUAACUGCCGCCGGCGACGCCUCCGGUGUGACAGAGCGAUCCCGGCGUGCCGCAAAUGUGCAGACCUGGGCCAAGAAUGUCUUGGCUACGGCAGCCUGUUCCGCUGGGUCGGAGCCGUGGCCUCGCGUGGUAAGAGGGCCGGUCACAAAACUUGGGAAGACAUUCCCGCAGUGGUCAACCAGUCGUUGUCUCCUUCACCUCAAGAUUUCUCAUCAUCGGUCUGGUUGUCGCAGCACGGAGCGCCGCAGUGCGGACCGCUACAGCAUGGAGCAAACCUACCCGCCCUGGAAUCCGACUGUUGGCCGGCACAUUUGUAUGCUUGGCCUGCUCAACCGCAUGACACAUACUCACCCUCAAUACCAUGGGAACCACCAGCUUUGACACCGCUUAUGGCCUCGACCAUCCCUACUAUUCUCGGUAGUCUAGACAACUCCAUGACAUCGACCUCAUCGACAAAUCUAGCUGUAACCCCCAGCAGUGAUGACCAUUUUGAUUUCACAUUCUUCAACAGCCUCACGUUGCAUCGCCUUCUCGACCCAACCGUGCAGGACUAUAGUUCUUCGACAAGGUACUAUUUAAACUACUUCUCUGAACGGGUUGCUCGAGACCUUGUAGUAUAUGAUAUUCCUACACAGAACCCUUUCCGCAAUGCAGUACAGAUAUGCCGCCCACAUGGAUCCCUCCUGCAUGUCAUUGUCGCCUUGGCUGCAGUUCACCGCGCUUCCUUCUUUCGCUUCCGUGGGCUUCCUACCCAACAGUGCUUGUAUGAUGCGCUCUUAGCCAAACAGGCGGCCCUUACACAGGUCAAGAAGGGUGUCGCCAACCUGGAAUACAACAAGGACUCCAGUGACGUUCUUACGGCUGUAGUCUUUCUUAUCAACUUUGGCCUCAUCGACUCUGGCCGCGACUCGUGGAAGGUGCACAUCGUGGCCGCCGGUAGGCUCAUGAAAAUGCUGGAGCAAAGAUCGAUGGUAGAUGAGGACUCAUCUAUACUGGCACUUAGGGACUAUGUUAUGUCGGACUGCUUGACAUACUUCAUACUUGGUUCGACGGUCAACUCCUGGGAUGGAACGGGUGCCGAAGAGGUCUACGGCUCCCUCGACAUCCAAUCGAUACUGGAGCGCGCAGAGACCAACGCUUACCACUCAAUCCCCAGCAAGAUCAUGGCUAUUAUCCUGCGUUCAACACAACUGGCUGCCCAAAUACAGCAGAAUGGGGGAACCGCCUCAGAGCAGCAACUUGACGAAGCAAAAAGCCUGAUGGGGCUUCUCCAUACUUUCGAUACCCGCGGCUGGGCCAACCGUAUAUCUACAGCCAGUGGUGGCGCUCCCGACAACCCCGAAUCUCGCGAACACAUGGCGUCUGCGCACCGAGCGGCGGCAUGUGCCUACCUGUCAAUGGCAAUCCCUGGUUCUUUUAGUGGAGAGGAAGAUUUUGCGGCCGACAUCUACUCGCAUCUGCAGCUCGUGAGUGAGGCCGACAUGCUCUUCAAAGGUAGUGUAUGGCCGACCUUUAUCCUGGGCGCGCAGACGGCGGACCAGGAGAUCAGGGCUUGGGUUGAACGCCGACUACAGUCCUUCUGGUUGUCGACGUGCCCCUGGGGAUACGUUAAAACCGCACUCGAGAUACUCCAGGCGCUGUGGCUAUUCCAAGAAGGUCUGUACUCAGUAACCUCAACGGACUGGCCCUCGCCCCCCGAAAAGGGCAGAUCCAGUAGGUGGAAUUGGCUCUCUCAGUUGAAAAUGCUGGACAUGGAAUAUUUGGUUGUCUAAGCACCAGAAAGGGACCUACGACAAACACCCAGGAUUGGAUCUUGGAUCUUUUACGUAAAUCUACGUAAAUCGCGGGGUAACUUUCUCCUAUACAGCAAAGAUCUCAGAAAGCCAAGAUUCUUUGUGCAAUCCCAUGGGGAGACUGAACAAAGUGCGUAUAUGUGUGGGUUCUGAGCAGUCGGUCCUGUGAGAGCACGCGAGCAAAUCGUCUCACCUUACACGCGACAGGAUUUCUGGGCAGCACUGCGACGCGUUGGCACCUGGUAAGCGAAGACCAACACAAGAGCUUGGCCUUGGCGGAGGCUAUCGUAAGCCCAAUGGUGGUGUGGGAAACAUCUCGCUCCACGGCCAAGCGAGUCAGCAAAUCAUGUUAUCUUAAUCGCAAGGUGGAAACAAUAUAUCAGCUCCCAAGCCUGACUUAUCCUGACGAUUUGAGGAUGAUACUUAGCAGCCAAGGCAGCCUUGUAGCUUUCGCUCAAUACAAGACCGCCCAGCCUACGCCAUGGCUUCGCCAAGCAAGACUGCGGAGUUUGACUGGUCCACAACGGAAAAUCGGCUCCUCCAUAAUCCCGAGUACAUUCGAUGCCACCUUGGCAUUGUCUUGGACUGCAAACAGCCCAAUACGGAUGGGGUUCUGAGGAAAGAAGCCCAGCUUUUGCCUCUAUCUCUUUGCAUGCUCAAUGUGGCAGGUGGGUAAGACAAUCUUCUUAGGGGCUCAGGUGGGCCGGUUGUUGGUGGAACGGGGUUGCGAGUUUGAUGGGCGGAAAAGUUAAUAAGUGUAGUACAUUUUCCUCGUUUGUCUUGUGGUUCCAGUAUCCAUUCCCGUCAUCCCAACUUGCCCUUGUGACCAUCUUUUAUCACAUUCAAGAUGGCGACACACGUGCAGCAAGACAAGACGACCCAGACGAGCUUCGGGCGCAAGCUCUGGCUGUUGGUGGCACCGGAUGCCAAGAAGGACGAGGAUGGUCGCGAUAACUUCAACUCGCGGUCCCAGUUUGUGCUUUGCGCCAUGGGCGGCGCCGUCGGUCUCGGAAACCUCCUCCGCUUCCCCUCCGUCGUGUACAACAACUACGGCCUGCAGUUUUUCAUCCCUUACUUUUUUGCCCUCUUCUUCAUCGGUAUUCCCAUCCUCUGCCUUGAGAUCUGUCUGGGGCAGGCCUACCGUGGAGGCUGCGUAACGGCUUGGAAUAACAACAACCACCGUGCCAAGGGUGUCGGUUUUUCCAUGGUAUUUAACGGAUAUGCCGUCAGCGGUUACUACGUUGCCAUUCUCGGCUACGCACUGAGUUACUUUCGUCGUUCAUUCGAGAACCCUCUCCCCUGGCAGGGCAAGGAUACGAUAGAGUACUUUUUCGACGAGAUCGUCCAACGUGUGGAGCCCAUUGGAGAGCCUGGGUCGAUGAUGUACUACCCCAGCAUGCGUGUCAUUGGCGAGACUGCCGGAUGGAGUUUCCUUAUCUGGUUCGCUACUUGGAUCUGCACCUUCAAGGGUGUUGGUAUGACAGGGCGAGUUAUCUACGUCACCAUGGCCCUUCCGUUGAUCAUGAUUGCCAUCCUGGCGAUCCGGUCCAUGUCUCUACCCAACGCAUCAGACGGCUUCCGCCUGUAUCUCGGCCUCUGGCGCAACGAAUCACUCGCCGGUCCGACUGUCUGGCAGGACGCCUUUGGUCAAAUGUUCUUUUCUAUAGGUGUCGGCUUUGGUUACUUCACAUCUUACGCGUCGUACAACUCCAAGUACGCCAAUGCAGUCCAGGAUGCCUUCAUUGUCGCCAUUAGCAACUCGGCCAUCGAGAUUGUUUCUGCCCUGGCAGUCAUGGGUAUUGUCGGCUUCCUCGGCCUGUCCCUCGAAGAAACUGGCCGACUUGGCACUUUCAGUUCGGGAUUCUUCUACUACCCUCGGGCCCUUGUCGAGAUGCCAGGCGCCAAUUUCUUCUCGGCCCUCUUCUUCCUCACCCUCGCACUCCUCGGCUUGACUUGCGUCUUUGCUCUUUACGAGGUCUUGGUGACCAUGAUCUGCGACACGGACUGGGGCAAGCGCAUCCCGCGCUGGGUCAUCUCCACCGUAGUCGUCAUUUGCUCAUACCUCAUCACCCUCCUCUACUGCACCGAGGUUGGCUUCGCACUGCUCGACGCGAUUGACGGCUUCGUCAACGACUUGGCCCUCUUCUUCACCGUCUGGUGCGAAUGCCUCUUCGCCACCACCCUCUACCGGUGGCGCGACGCCGUCGAUCAGGUUGGCCUUGUCAGCUACUCGCUUUACAAUGGCGGCUUCAUCCUUGCGCACUUUAUCGGCUUGCUCAUUGCCCAUCUGGUAAGCGCAGAGGCUGGUGCCGGCGCCGGCUUUGGAAUCUUCAUCGCCGGUGCUUUGGCGUCUGCCUUUGUGGGCAAGACGCCCACCGUCGUUGCGCCGACCUUCUGGGGUAACAACACCAUGCUCAGCCGGUUCUGGUACAAUGCCUUUUACUCUGGCAACCAGCUCAGGCGCGAUCUCAAUCGCGUCGUCGCCACAGGCAGCAACUGGCGCCUACAUUGGUUCUGGCCAAUCUGCCUCAAGUACGUCACGGCCCCGGCCGUGGGGCUCGUGUUUACGUUUGCGUACCCCAAGUUCCUCAACCUCGCCCCUGGAAGUGACAGGAUGUCCCAGAACCCGCCAUACAUCUACUCCUUUGCUCUCAUGCACCUCGUCAUGGUCUUCAUUGUCGGCCUGUUCAUCUUCCCGCGUUUCUUCAACUUCCUCAUCCCCGAGACGCGCAGGGAGGACGGCAAGUGGCGCGAGGUCAUGCCGCAGGUUACGGUAGGAGGCGGUCCCGAGCUGGUGGACGAGCGAGUCGAGAACGCCACGGGCGGAUUGGGAGGAGUAGAAGGACAGGGCGUCGGCGGUGGCGUUGUCGGCAGCGGCAGCAGUAGGGACGGCGAGAUCCAGGAGUCCAAGGGCCUGAACAGCCAGAGGGUCCAGGAGCCGAGCGACGAGUUCGUCUCGGAGCCCAAGGGCGCCUACGUCGAUAGGUCCUGAGAAGAGGGUGGGGGAUGAAUAAUGUGAUACCCAACUCCUCGUCAAUAUGGUUCGUGCUUUCUUCCCUGAGGGGCGGGACGCGUCAGAUUGGUUAUGGGGAGUACAUUGCUGUCUUGAUUGUGGGGAGGGGGGUUUUGUCCAAGUGUAGUAUCAUGUUGAAGAAGACUGUUGACUGCAAGGUUCUACUAUUACCUUCGUUUAAU